AUUUUUCACGGCAAACGCGAGUCAACACUGCGCAGAGCUGCGAGAAACAAAUCAGAAGCCAUCGGCUAACUUCUUAUAAUUCUUUUAAUUUGCUCUACAGGAGAUUAGUGACAAGAAAAAUGCCACUGGAAAUUGUGAAAUCGUUGGCCAAUUCAGAGCGGCCAAAGUGCGACAUCGAGUUUAUUGACAUUCAAAACGAUCGUCUGUUUACUUCUAGUGAAGGUGGAAACGUAAAGGUAUGGAACAAGGAAGAUCUGAAAGCUGUGGGCGAACUCAAUGCCAAUCAGUGCCCCGUCACCUGCAUCGCCGUCAAGGGAAACCUACUCUACGCCGGAACUUCCGGUGGCAACAUCGUCGUCUGGGAUAUUGAAAAAAACACCAUCAUCCGAGAGUUAAACGAGCAUCAAGGCAGUUUGGCCAAAAUACGUGUGCUAGGCGACCUGGUCGCUUCUGGCGACACGGAAGGCAAGGUUCGUGUCUGGCAAGGCGAUACAUUAGUUCACCUUUACGAAACCAGCGAAGAAGUUUGGGACUUUGACCUGACGGACGACCACCUCUACUCGAUCCGUGACCGCGACCUCUUGGUUCAAAAGAUCCAAAAGACGGAGCGCGGCCACCAAUUGAGCACCACCAAAGUGCUGGAAGCUCGCGGGCCAAUGUGUCGGCUGGACGGGAGCAUCGCCGUCCUCAGUCGAGACGGAAUGGACAUUCACAUCCUGGAGGACGAUAAGGCCCAUUUCAAGCGCAUUGGCAUCAUCAAGGGUCAAGACCGCAUAAUCAACGCUUUGGCAUGCGGCCAGCAGCCGAAAACUCACCUGUACUCGGGUGGAUGGGACAACACGGUCCGCAGUUACGACCUCCAGACUUUCACCCCUCUGUCUCGACUGGAUGUGGGUCAAGCAGUCAAUUGCAUCCGGCCCGACCCCUCAAGCAGCGGCCACAUCUUCGUCGGUGGGAAUAAUGGCACUUUGUGCAAGGUCCUCGACAGGUGAGAAAUUCUGUCAACUCACCGUUCAACUCCACCCCCGCUGCUGGUGCCCUAUCUCGAAAGUCUCAAUCUGUAUUCAAGUCAUUAUCGCCACGUAAACAUAUACACGUACACAUAAUAUCUGAUGUGGAUCUUAUAUACAAAUCCGUCGUAGUUAUAAAUAAACUUGAUAUUUAGCUCGA